GGCUCUGAGCAUGACCUCCGGGAAUUGCUCCACCAAGUUCCUGUUCUAGUGAUUAGAAAGCCGAUGGUAUAGAUAAAUCAAAGAUUCUGCUGUUGUCGUGUUAUCUUGACUUUGAAAAAGAGCUACCCAAGGACUUUAGGUUAUUAAUGCUUUUGGAAGUUUAGCAAGUCUGUGGUGCAUUUGGAAAAUCCUACACUGCUGGUGUCAAUAUCCUUAUAAAAUCUUUAUUAUACUGGGUUGACUGGACAUGCUGGGAGAGAGCUUCAUACAUGUGCUAAAAUACAGACAAGAGGAGCCACACUUACCAGAUAUUAGCAGGCCUUCGUUCAAUCCGCCUGCUGACAACCAUUACAGUUCCUUUCCACUCACCCAGGAAGACAUACCGGCAUCUGUCCAGCCAACAGUGACUGCUGUGAGGCAUACGCUGAAACAGUCCAGGUCCAAGGCUCCUUGUGCUGGUCCUGGUCUCCAUUCGUCUAUUUGUGAGUCUCACUUAAGCCCAAGGCACAGCCAGGACCCUGGCGACCUCUUGGAGCGCUUCGGCUCCACCUACCUGGACCUCCAGCCGAGGAGCCUCUCGGAGAUCCAGGUUCACCCCCAUUCCUCCACAGACUGUGAGCCCAGGCAGCUCCAGUCCAUCCCGGCUGAGCAGGCAUGUGUGCCCGAUGAUGGAUACCUGGUCAUGGACAGCAGCAUCAUGCUGAACGGUGAACCGCCCACCAACUCCAUGCUCAACGGUUACCUGGACAGGAAGCUGCUUGAAGUGUACAGCCAGUACCUGCAGGAGAGGUUGGUGUGCCUCGGCUCUUCUCUGGCCUGCAGCAUGCUCCCUCCCCUUCCCCAGGCUAGCCUGCUUCAGCUCAGCCAGCAGAUGAACCUGGAGUUGAGCCUGGAGCCAGGUCAGGGGAUCCCCAGCCAAAAGGUCAGCUCCCACUUCAGCUCUCCAGUACUGCGGAUCUCCAAUGCAGAGCAACCCAAAUACUCCAGACCAUCUGACUAUCAGUGAGUGUGGGGAAAAGCUAAUAACCUCUUCGGUGACAUUUUAACUUCUUCCUCAUAUUCAAAGUGCAUUUCUUUAUUUGAUUUGCUUUUUCUAUUCAUGGCUUCUGCAAAGAGUAGCAACCAGAAAAUUGAAUGUUUUUUUCAUAAAUACAUAAUAAAUAUAAAAUAAAUAAAUGUAAAAUUAGCAAGACGUAUUCAUAUAUUAGAUAAUUUGAUGGGGUGAGGGCUUAAAUUUAUAUUCCACAAAGAACAAAUCUGUAUGUCUGACCCCUGCUGUUAUAAUAUGGUAUAGUACAACUAGCAAAUAAAGUAGGACUAUGCUAAACAAUAAAAAUUUA